UCCGGUUCCGCAUGAAAUUUGAAAAAUACAAAAAGGUGGUGUAAUUUCUGUUGUAACCAUGACGACACUUGUGUUGGAUAAUGGGGCACAUACAGUUAAAGUUGGCUAUGGAAACCAAGCUGAACCAAGAGUGAUUCCAAACUGUAUAACAAAAGCCAAGAAUAUAAGAAGUCGUAUAUUUAUUGGAGAUCAACUUAAUGACUGCAAGGAUCUGUCUGGUAUUUACUAUAUACUCCCAUUUCAAAAGGGUUACCUGGUGAACUGGGAUGUACAAAGACAAGUUUGGGACUACAUGUUCUCCAAAGAUGUCAUGAAGGUGAGGUUUGAUGAGACCAACCUGUUGAUUACAGAGCCACAGUUCAACUUUGCAGCUAUUCAAGAGGGCUUGGAUGAACUUUUCUUUGAGGAAUAUGGUUUUAAAAGUCUCCUCAGAACAACAGGGAGCCAUUUAAGUCAGCACAAGUAUACCAAAGAUAACAAUGACAGUCCAUUAUGUUGCCUAGUUGUCGACUCUGGUUAUUCCUUCAGUCACAUAGUGCCUUACUACAAUGGGAAGAGAAUCAUGAAAGCCGUAAAAAGAAUCAACGUGGGUGGCAAGGUCCUUACAAACCACUUGAAAGAAGUUAUCUCAUACAGACAGUUGAUGGUAAUGGAUGAGACAUAUGUCAUGAACCAACUGAAGGAAGAUGUCUGCUAUGUCUCGACACAGUUCUGGAAAGAUAUGGAUAUAGCCAAGAAAAAAGGUGCUGAAAACACAGUCGUGACGGACUAUGUUCUGCCAGAUUACACACAUAUAAAACGUGGCUUUGUCAAGACACAAGAGGAAACAGAUGGGAAACCUAAGGGUCAUGAACAGAUUAUACGGAUGUGCAAUGAAAGGUUCGCAGUACCCGAGGUGCUGUUUCAUCCCUCUGAUAUUGGUAUUCAUGAAAUGGGUAUUAGUGAAGCCAUAGUACAUUGUAUAUCAGAGACACCUGAAGAAAUGCACCCUCAUCUCUAUGGCAACAUUGUUCUCACAGGAGGUAACUGCCUUAUCCCAGGAUUCAAAGAAAGAGUAGAAAAUGAUGUGCGCUCACUAGCUCCAGAUGAUUAUGACAUCAAGAUAUUCUGCCCUGAAAAUCCAAUCACCUAUACAUGGUCAGGAGGAUCAAAAAUCUCAAAGGACAAUAGCAGUUUUUCCAAAUUAAUGGUCACUAGACAACAAUACGAAGAACAUGGACCAAAUAUUUGUUUAGAAAAAUUUAAUUUGUAAGAGAUAAUUGAAGAGCUGAGGAACACGCUUAGCAAUACCCAAUGCACCUGAGCAGAUAAAUAACAGAAAGGGAUAAUUGUUCUACAAAGAACAGAGAUAAAGGCUCAGGAAUAAAGUGUAAAAUUGUAUAGAUAUAGAACUAGGCUUAAUAAGGAAGUGCUUUACUUCCUGGGAAGUUCUUACUUCCUGGGGAGAAGGACUUUGCUUGAGGGUCUUUGAUAUUUCAACAAAUUGUUUUUCUUUCUUUAUAAAAAAUCAAAUGUCAACGUCCAAACUCAUCAGGGCUGUAGAACUUGAGUUAGAAGACAAACGAUUAAUUCUAUAUGCAGCUCAGGAGCAUCAUUUCACAAUGUGAAAUUUGAUAAACCAGAUAUACAAUAGAUGACGCAAAUAUAUUUCAUUAUCUCGACCUCAGUUGUUCAUCAGUUUGACUUUAUCUUCAAUCAGCUGCUGGAAUAGUUUUAUCUGCAAUCUGCAACACCUGUUACGCUCUUUUGGUGAGAAAUACCAAUGUAUCUGUUAAGUCAGAGUUCAGGCUGACCUAGGCAUCGAGAAGAGAAUGUUCUCAUAUUUUAAAAUUCAUCAUAAAUUCUCAUACAAUCAUCUGUGCAGUGUCACAUCAUUGAGCUUAAAUAAUAUAAGGGUACCUCGAUGGAUUUUAUUUUUGCAAAACCACAUGGUGAAAAAAGAAAUUAUUUUAUACGGAUGAAAAAUAAAUAUUAAUACACAAUGUCAUAAUGUGAUGAUGUCUGCCAAGCAGUAUUAAAUUGUUGGGCUCUGGUGAUUAUUCAUAAUGACGGAAUAAAAUCUAGAAAGAUUACAAUAUUAUUGGUUUCAUGUUGCAGGUAAUUUACUCUGACAUUGUUUUAUGUCAGUGUGUUUUCUGUCAUGUUUAACAUCCUUUCGUAACAGUUUCAUAAUUAACUUGUCUAAACUGACGCUUUUUGUUUCUUAAACAACAGGAUAUGCGCCAUUUAUAUUUACGCCCUUGGUCAAAUA